UCUGCCCCCCUCACCCCCUCUGCCAACGCCUCUGACCAAAGUGUGAAGGGCUCAGCGGAUGAAAACGAAGAUGCUGCCUCGCAACACUCAGGGGCUACAGAGGGCGCAGACAGCAACCCCCCCAGUGAAGCAGAAGAGGAGCAGGAAGCAAAGACUGGGUUUGCAUCAGCUUUUGGUGAAAUACAGCAGGCUUGGGAAGGUUUGGGCUUCAAUCUGUCCGCAGUCCAGGGCAAGGCAUCUGCGUCCGCCAAGAGUGUCGGGUCCUUCUUCUCCUCAGCCUUCAGUAAAGCAGGGGCUAGUGUGAAAGAAGCUGGCUCGAAAAUUAAAGAGAGCGUGGAAAAGAAUACACUUCUGAGUGAAUUCAACAAAGAACAGGAGGCGUUUAUCAAGGCCAAGGGGCAAGGGGGAAGCGCUGCCCCCUGGGUUGGGUAUCCUGACGAGGAGGGCCUGAAGGAGGAGAUUCUGGCCCUUGCUACUGACCGCAGAAACUUUGUACGCAACCCCCCAGCUGGCGUGAACUUCGAGUUUGACCUGGAGUCGUUCCUACCCGUGGCUCAGGCGACGCUGGCCGCCGACCCCAACCUGGAGAAGAUGCGCUUCGAAUUGGUGCCCAAGACGAUUGACGAAGAAACAUUUUGGAGGAACUAUUUCUAUCGAGUUGGACUGAUUCGGCAGAGCACGGAACUAUCGUCUUUGGAACGCGAGGGGGUAGAGGGGGCAGCCAAGCAACCCGCAGGAGACAGUGUGAAGGGUAAGGAUGAAGAAGAACAGGGUGACACCGCACAACCUGAUAAUGAGUUCGUAUCAGACAGCCUUCCUCGCUCCUCUAAGCAGGACGUGGAAGAGGUCAGGAAGGGGCUAUCCGACCUCACAAAGCCCUCAGCAGAAGAGGACUGGGAGAGAGAGCUGCAGGAGGAACUGGGAGAAUACGAGGUGGUGGGAGCAGGUAGCGAGAAGGACAACGAGAAGUGGGAGGCUGAAAUUGAAGACUUAAUUGAUGAUGAAAGUGAUUUACGGUAAAUUUAAUAUACAGAGGUACGAUAUUUCCAAAGAGGUACGAUAUUUCCAGAGAGAGAGAGAGAGACAAGGGUGUAUGAUAAUUCUCAACAAAGAGAGGAGGUGGUACGAUAUUCCCAGCACAGUGGUACGAUAACCCCCAACACACACAUAUACAGACACACAGAUACAUAGAGAGAGAGAGAGAGGUACGAUAAUUCAACACACAUUAGAGGUACGAUAAUGCCCAUAAAACACAGAGGUACGAUAACCCAACACUUAGAGGUACGAUAACCAACACAGAGAUACGACAAUCCCCAACACAGAAAGAGGUACGAUAAUUACCAACACAGAGGUACUAGUAAGGAUUGGAAGGCUCUGGGGGGUUCUGAAUGGUUCUUGUGGGGCAGUAUGGGUGUGGAAGGCGUGUGGCUAUGUGGGUGGAUGGUUUGCCUGGUGGAUGGUUGGGUGGAUACGUGGAUAUUUUCGAUUUUGUUUGGCUGGUUUGGUUGCGUGGAGUGUACGUGUGUGUGCGCGUGCGUGCGUUUUGAGAGAGAGAGAGAGAGAGAGAGAGAGGCUCCCAGUCUUAAUAUUAGAGGUAAAGAAAAAUAGUGAAAAAAAAAUUAAGUUGAAAAAAAUAACGAAAAAAAAUAAUAAAAGAUGAAAAUAUUCUCACCAAAAAAAGUUAAAAAUAUAAAAUGAUAUAAAUAAUAAUAAAACAGAACCAUUAUUUCCUUUAAAACUAAAAAAAAAAGUAAAAUAAACUCAGCUAUUUAAAGAAAAACAAAAAAGUAAAGAAAAUAAGCUUUAAUUAAUUUACUUCUGCUUCACUUUUUUUUUACUCGAGAAUAAAAUUAAAUUAGAAAAGCAAGUGGAAAGUAACGAAUAGAGAAGUGAUCAUAAAUAUAAAUAAAAAACUAAUUAAAAAAAUAAAUGGUUUGAAAUUAAAUAUAAAGUAAAAAAAAAAAAGUUUGGAAAAAAGUAUAUAGAAAAUGUAAAUAAACAAGAAAAUAUGAAAAAAAAAAUAUCAGGCUUCAGGAAAUUUGUUAAAACUCCCCUGCAGGUCUUAGUAAAGGACUGGAUGCUGUAUAUAAAGGAUUGAAUGGCGUCUGUAAAGGAUUGAACACUAUAAAAGACUCCUGUAAAUGUUUAUAAAUGCCCUAGCUUUGUUUAGAAGGAAUUGAAUUGUUUAUAAAGGAUUAAAUACUGUAUACAAAGGACUAAAGGCUGUCUGUAAAGGAAUCAACUCAAAAAAACACGGUUAUAAAUGAUUAGGUUUUGUUUAGAAGGAAUUGAGUCGUUUAUAAAGGAUUGGAUACUGUUUAUAAAGGGAUUGAAUACUCUAUACAAAGGACUAAAGACUAUAAAGGAUUGAACACUAUAAAAGACUCGCAUAGUUUAAAUAAUUAGCUUUUGUUUAGGAAUUGAAUAGUUUAUAAAGGAUUAAAUGCUCUAUACAAAGGAUUGGAUAUGUUAAAUGCUGUUUAUAAUUAAUUGUAUUACCGCUUAUAAAGGAACAAACUACACAAAGGAGCUGGUAAUGUUUAUAAAUGAUUCAACAGUACUUAAAAGGGCUCCAGUGUUAUUUAUAAAGGAUUAAAAGUAACAUAAGAUCUUGUAAUGGUUAUAAAUGAUUGAAUAUGGUUUUGUAAAGGAUCCAGUACUAAUUAUGUCAUUUGUAAAGGAUUAACAGUAAAAUAGAACGUUGUAAUAAUUAUUUUAAGAGGUCAAAUACUUUACAAAGGAUUCAGUACUAAUUAAGAACGUUUCAUUGUCAUUUGUAAAGGAUUAACAGUUAAAGAAAAGGUCGUAAAAGUUAUAAAUGACAAUGUGGUUUAUAAGAGAUCAGAUACUGUUUACAAAGGAUCCAAGACUGUUUAUAAAGGAUUCAGUGGCAUUUGUAAAGGAUUAACUGAAAUAGGAUCUCGUAUUGGUUAUAAAUGACGAAAUAUUACUUUGAAGAGGGCGAAUACUCAUUUAUAAAGGAUCCAGCACUUUGUAAAGGAUUGAAAACUACUUCUAGAGGUACCCGUGUCAUUUAUAAAGGAUUAUGGUCUUGUAGUGAUUCUAAAUGACUAGAUAUGGUUUUUAAGGUUAAAUACUGUACUGAAAGGAUCCAAUGCAGGUUUUAAAGGAUUGAAUACCACUUAUAAAGGAUUGAACAUAUUUAUAAAGGAUUGAACAUAUUUAUAAAGGAUUGAACAUAUUUAUAAAGGAUUGAACAUAUUUAUAAAGGAUUGAACACCAUUUAUAAAGGAUUGAACAUAUUUAUAAAGGAUUGAACAUAUUUAUAAAGGAUUGAACACCAUUUAUAAAGGAUUGAACAUAUUUAUAAAGGAUUGAACGUAUUUAUAAAGGAUUGAACACCACAGAAUUAGCCUGCGAUCACCAUUAAGUGCAUUUAUGUACUACCGCCAUCACCACCACCACCACCACCACCGUUUCUUUGUAUAGGAUCACAACACACACACACACACACACACACACACACACACACACACACACUUCUUCUUCCUCCUCCUCUUUUCCUCCUUCUCCUCCUUCUCUUUCCUCCUCUUCCUCCUCUUUUUUUCUCUCUUUUCUUGUCCUCCUCCUCCUCCUCCUCCUCCUCCUCCUCCUCCUCCUCCUCCUCCUCCUCCUCCUCCUCCUAACCUAACCCAACACACACACACACACACACACACACACACACACACACACACAGUUUUAAAUUUCCAAAACACGAGAAAGAAAAGCAGAAAGAUGAAACAAACAAACAAACAAACAAACAAACCAACAAAAAAACAUUGAUUUGAGUUUUGCUUAACACUUGAGGAGGAAAAAGAAGAAGAAGAAGAAGAUUUGAGUUAGUUUGAGUUGAUAUUAUUGUUGUUGUUGUUGUUGCGGGUGAGAAUUGAUGAAAAAGCACUUAGGAAUUUUGAAAACUAUUUUUUGAGAUGCACUUGUUGUUAAAUAUGCACCAGAAAUAUUAUACACUAGAAUUAAUGUAUUUUUUUUAUUUAUUUAUUUGUUUAUUUGUUUGUUUAUUUGUUUAUUUGUUUCGUAUUUGCAAUGUUUGAGACUGAAAGAGCUCGGGAAGGCCUCUCUCUCUCUCUCUCUCUCUCUCUCUCUCUCUCUCUCUCUCUCUCUCUCUCUCUCUCUCUCUCUCUCUCUCUCUCUCUCUCUCUCUCUCUCUCUCUCUCUCUCAGCAUCUUCAUUACACACACACACAAACUCUCUCUCUCUCUCUCUCUCUCUCUCUCUCUCUCUCUCUCUCUCUCUCUCUCUCUCUCUCUCUCUCUCUCUCUCUCUCUCUCUUCCCCACCCCGCCCCGCCCCUCCCCAGCCAGCCAGCACAGGGGCCUCGCACUGCUACCCACCGCAGCGUCUGGGUAUCCCCUCACCUGGACCCUGGUUGGCUGGGCUGGGCCGGACACACACACACACACACACACACACACACACACACACACACACACACACACACACACACACACACACGGUAAGAAUAACAAAAAAUAAAUGAAUAAGAGAAAUAGAGAGAGAGAAAGGGUUGUUGAUGGUGAAACGAACAAACAAACACACAAUUUUGAUAUUAAUUUGUUUAUUUAUUUUAUUUAUUUAUUUUGUUUUGUUUUGUGUGUUAUAAUUUCUCUCUCUCUCUCUCUCUCUCUCUCUCUCUCUCUCUCUCUCUCUCUCUCUCUCUCUCUCUCUCUCUCUCUCUCUCUCUCUCACCCUAGAGAAAGAGAGAGAGAGAGAGAGUUUGUUCGUUCGUUUGUCUUAUUUUAUGUAGUUAUUAUUAUUACUAUUAUUAUUAUCAUUAUUAUUUUAAGCGAAUAUAUAUAUAAAAAAAAAUAUAUACAUAAUUUAGGGCGGGGCAGCUGUGUUAUGCAUAGAGAUAAAAAAAAAAAACACCAAAACAAACAAAUAAACAAACAAACAAACAAACAAACAAAAAGACGAUAUAUAUACAUUUGAGGGAAUGCAGAAAAAAAAUAGAGAUUAAAUUCUGUUUGUCCGUAUGUCUGUGUGUACGACUUCAGGUUCAGUACAGGGUUAAAAGGGUUAUUAUUAUUAUUAUUAUUAUUAUUAUUAUUGUUGUUGUUGUUUUUGCAUUCCAACAAAUGAUAAGAAGGGAAUGUUGAAUGAUAGACUUGCAUGAUGUGUGUAUAUAGUGUUUAUUUAAAUGACACUGGACCAAAGUUGACCUCAAAAUGCAGGCAAGGUCACACACACACACACACACUCACACACACACACACACACACACACACACACACACAUAUCUCUUCUUUCUCUUCCUCCUUCUCCUCCUUCUCCUUCUCCUUCUCCUCCUUCGUCUUCCUCCUCCUCCUCCUCCUUCUUCGUCUUCCUCCUCCUCCUUCGUCUUCCUCCUCCUCCUCCUCCUCCUUCUUCUCUAUCUUCUUCCUCCUCUUUUUUUUUUCUCUCCUUUUUCUUGUCCUCCUCCUCCUCCUCCUCCUUCUCCUCCUCCUCCUCCUAACCUAACCUAACCUAACCUAACCCAACACACACACACACACACACACACACACACACACACACACACACACACACACACACACACACACACACACACACACACACACACACACACACACCUAGCCUGUAUUUUUCCGACACACACACAAGGUCAUGUACGUAAUUGUGUGUGCGUUCGUACGUACUCCCCCCCCUGUGUGCGUGUUGAGGUUAACAGUCAGUAGCAUUACGUUCAUAUGUACGUUUCUGCUGGCGGCUAUGUAAGUAGAUAGAGUGUGUGUGUGUGUGUGUGUGUGUAUGUGUGUGUGUGUUGAUUUGAGGGGUUUUUUCCGUGUGGCUUUGUUUGUUUGUGUGUGUGUGUGUGUGUGCGUGUGUGUGUGUGUGUAUUUGUGUCUGUCUGUCUGUCUGUCAUGAUGUUAAUUAUAAUUGUACCUGUAACUCUUAAUCAUUACAAAACAAAAACUA